CAGCGAUCGAUAGAAUCCAAAUCUCCUGAAAAUGGUGGUGUCACUGAAUGACAUAUGUCUUUAUCUCUCCCAGGGGACUUAUGUCAAACACCAGCAGGCUUCGAAGAAUUCCAGGCGGAGUGUUAGGGCCGCUGCUGGGAACUUCUGUCUCCGUGGCAGUGACAGCGCUGCAUUGGCCACUGAGAUGCAGCGGCUGUAUGUCGGUGGGUUGAGCCACACGAUCACCCAGAAAGAUCUGAAGGAUCGAUUUGGAAAGUUUGGAGGCGUGGAGGAUGUGGAGCUCCGGACGAGGAAGGAUGAUGACGGUGUUCCCUACAAAACAUUUGCGUAUAUCAACAUCAAGAUUUCUGACACAGAUCUGAAGAAGUGUAUGACAGUAUUGAACAAGUCCAAAUGGAAAGGAGGAACUUUGCAGAUUGAACCAGCGAAGGAGAGCUUUCUGCACAGACUGGCUCAGGAGAGGCAGGCGGAGUUGCAACGCCCCCACCAGCCUGCAGAUUGCCCCCAUACACAGAUGGUGCUGGAGUCGCUCAGCCAAGCCGGUGUGGACAACUUCACCAUGAAGGCUGCAGUGCCUGGGACAGAAAUACCAGGACACAAGGACUGGGUGGUCAGUAAAUUUGGACGAGUCCUCCCCGUCAUGCAGCUGAAGUGUCAGCAAGGAAACAAAUCUCGAACGCUCAAGUAUGACCCGUCCAAGUACUGCCACAACAUCCGCAAGUUGGUCCUGCCUGACGUAGACCACCCCACACCCGUCACCCAGCUUACCUGGGAUGUUGACGGGGGAGACGAUGACAUCAGCAGGAAGAGGCGGGGCGAGUUCCCGGCGUACAAGUCGCCGAGACCCAAGAAAAGUCGGACGGAUGCGGUCGUCUCCCAUAAAGCUGUGAGCACAAGCAGACCAGCUCAGCCUGUCGUCACCCAAUCAGGGACUCAUCAGCUGACCAACGGAUUUAAGGCGGUAACCAAUCCCAGGCCGCCUCAGAAGAGAGGUCCGCGUUUUGCGGACAGUGAUGCGGACUCCGAUGAGGAGAUAGGUCAUCUGGUGGCGAUUCAGCAGCCUUCCCAUGAUGCAGUGUGGCCGGGCGGGCAGGAUGAUAACCUGGAAGUGGUCGGCUGUGAUUACUUAAACUUCCAGCAUCAGCAGAAGCAUGCAGGCAGGCCGCUCAAAGAGGAGGAGGAUUACGACUCUGCUGACACAGAUGAACUCUUCGCUUCAAGGAAACCUCAUCUUCCUCCAACAGAAAAACUUCCUCAGCCAAAUGCUGACAACAUUUCAGGAAGGACGGAGGAAAAGAAGAAAAAAGCGAAGAGGAAAACGACAACGGGAGAGGAAGAGGACUCUCCUGGAAAGUGGAGGCAGAAACAAAAGCUGAACAGCAGCUCUGUGAAUCCUACGGACACGACCGAGGACGAGGACUCUGAUGAUUUAGAUUCAGAUUAUGAGGCCAUGUUUUCCAACGUCACCCAUCUGGAGAUCUCCCUGGCUGAUCUUCAGAAAAUAGCGGAGGAAUUCCAGAAGACGCCCGAUACUCCAACACCCGCCGCAAAACUCACACCUGCGCAGGGACAUGUCCCUAAGAAAGGCAUCUUGCCCGAAGAGAUCCUCGCCUCGCUUCUGAGGGGGCACAGUAGCGAUGACGAACAGAAGACGAAAAAGACGGCGUUGCCGGCCUUUCAGGGAACAAGAAAGCUGAAUUUGGGAUCCCAAACUGACGAGUGUCGCAGGACGAUUAAAAAAACACCUGAUCCUAAAGACAUGUCUGAAAGUUCUGAAUUGGACUCUGAACUGGGUGAGGAUUCCAAAGACUUUAAUACUCCAAAAGUUUUACAAACUAAGACCUGUUCCACCUCUGGUGAGGACGAAGAAGACAAUGAGAUGAUGAAGACCAGUCCGUCUAUUCAGUCCUCUUCAUCCUCUGCGGAAGAUGCUGUGAAAGCCUCGUCAUCCUCUGCUUCACACAGCGAGGAGGAGGAGGAGGACGGGGAGGAGGAAGAAGCGUCUCAGGAGGAAGAGGAGCGACAGAGGAAGGACAACACGAGGAGACCGGCUGCAGUGGACUCUGAGGUAGAGCUGAGUGAGGAGGACAAAGCCUUUAAUACUCCCAAAGUUUUACGGACUAAGGUUUGUGCACCAUCAAAGCAAACGGAGACCUGUUCCACCUCGGGUGAGGACGAAGAAGACAGUGAGAUUCAGUCCUCUGCGGAAGAUUCUGUGAAAGCCUCGCCAUCCUCUGCUUCACACAGCGAGGAGGAGGAGGAAGAUGUGUCUCAGGAGGAAGAGGAGCGACGGAGAAAGGACAACACGAGGAGGCCGGCUGCAGUGGACAAAGCCUUUAUUGCUCCCAAAGUUUUACAAAAAGCAUCAACUAAAGUUUGUGCACUUUCAAAGCAAACUGAAACCUGUUCCACCUCUGGUGAGGACGAAGAGGACAAUGAGAUUCAGUCCUCUUCGUCCUCUGCGGAAGAUGCUGUGAAAGCAUUGUCAUCCUCUGCUUCACACAGCGAGGAGGAGGAAGUUGCGCCUCGUCCCCGGCUAAGCGCUCAGAAGAAAGGGGAGCGACGGAGAAAGGACAACACGGGGAGGCCGGCUGCAGUGGACUCUGAGGUAGAGCUGGGCAAGGAGGACAAAGCCUUUAAUACUCCCAAAGUUUUACGGACUAAGGUUUGUGCACCAUCAAAACAAACGGAGACCUGUUCCACCUCGGGUGAGGACGAAGAAGACAGUGAGAUUUCGUCCUCUGCGGAAGAUGCUGUGAAAGCCUCGCCAUCAUCUGCUUCACACAGCGAGGAGGAGGAGGAGGAGGAGGAAGUUGCAUCUCAGGAGGACGAGAAGCGACGGAGAAAGGACAACACGAGGAGGCCGGCUGCAGUGGACUCUGAAGUAGAUCUGGGCGAGGAAGACAACGCCUAUAAUACUCCCAAAGUUUUACAAAAGGCGUCAACUAAAAUUUGUGCACUUUCAAAGCAAACUGAGACCUGUUCCACCUCUAGUGAGGGCGAAGAAGACAAUGAGAUCCAGUCCUCUGCGGAAGAUGCUGUGAAAGCAACGUCGUCGUCGUCUUCACACAGCGAGGAUGAGGAGGAGGAGGAAGAGGAAGCUGCGCCUCGUCCCCGACUAAGCGCUCAGGAGGAAGAGGAGCGACAGAGAAAGGACAACACGAGGAGGCUGGCUGCAGUGCAGCAGAGGCAGAAGGAAGCUGAAGAACUCAAGAAGCUGAUCCAGAGGGCGCUAGCUAAUGUGGACGCUAAGCCUCAAAGAACAGGAAAACAUAUCGUCUUUGACUCUGAUGCUGACGACAAUGAUGAUGAUGAUGAUGAGCAGGGAGCGCUCGCAGCCUCGAAGAAGUCGCUGCUUCAAAACAGCCAAUCAGAGGACAAGGCCUCAGGCGAGGAGGAGGCAGCAGCCAAUAACUGCCAUCCAAUCAAAGAGAAGGGGCAUCUGAAAAAAUCGGGCCCUCAGUUGUUCAGCAGCAGUGAAGAUGAGGAUGAGGACGGGGAUGAAGAGGAGGAUCAGAACAGGUUUGACGUCAGGCCUCAGUUCGAGGGUCCAGCUGGACAGAAGCUGAUGGAGCUGCAGUCUCGCUUUGGGACGGACGAGCGUUUUCGGAUGGACUCUCGCUUCCUGGAAGAGGAGGUUGAGGAGGACGCCGACAUGGUGGAAUCAGGGCAUGCUGCAGCGACUGUUGAAGUCUCGGAGGAGAAGACGAACUUGGCCGCCGAUGACGACCAGGCUCUGCAGGAGGAGAAGAAGAGGAACAUGUCCAUCCUGCACAACGUUCUCGGACUUCAUCCCCCCACCGGCAAGACGGCUGGCAAAGCCAAGACCUUCAGAGACGUGUCGGCGCUUCACUACGACCCCAGCAAAGAGGAACACGCCGCCUUUGAGACCAAAACAGAACGUAUCAAGAAGAACAGCAAGUCGGCCCGGAAGAAGAAGAGGGAAGAGGCUCAGAAGCUUCCAGAAGUUUCCAAGGAGAUCUUCUACGACGUGACCGGUGACCUGAAGGCCAUGUUCGGUCAGACGAACGAUGCAGAGGAAGUGAAGACGAACUGGGACCAAGUCGAGGAAGAAGUCAAUGGAGGAGGAGAGGUUCCAGAGCAGCCUGCACCUGUGACAUCUUUGGUCUUAACGGAUGCCAGCGCAGGAACCGAGGACCCUUCCGGAUUUACCUUCUCCUUCUUCGGCAACGACUUAGAGACAGAAAGUGAACACCCAGUGCCAGCUGAGUAUAAGGUGGAGAGCAUCCAGGCUGCAAAGGUGUCAUGGCAACAAGACCCCCACUUACAAGACAGCAGCUCAGAGGAGGAGGAGGUGGAGGAGGCAGAAGAAAAGGAGAAAAGCAUCCCUGUACCUAAAACCACUCAAGAGGAAACUCCUCCCAUGAAGGACAUGUUCUUCUUCCACCUCAACGACAGCAGAUUGUUAGAGGGCCCGCAGUGGUUCUGUUGUUCCUCUGAGCUGGACCAGGAGAGAGAGCAGUGGCAAGAGAGGGCAAUGGUGCUUAAAGAGGAGUGCCGCAGGAAACACAAGAAUGCACUCAGGAAGCUCAAACCUCACCAAAAGAGAUGAGGUUUUUUCUGGUGUUUCUGCCUGAACACAACUUAAGACAAAUUUUGUUUUUAGAUAUAUACCGUCUCUUUUGGGCUAUAGAGAGCAACUAAAUACAAGCCACAUCCAUCUCAUUUUUGGACAAAUUAGAUUUUUUCAAAUAUUAGCUGCACAAGUUUAUUAGCCGCAGGUGUACACAUUGAAACAUGAAAUAUUUACACAGGCACUUAUGUUCAUUCACAAUUUUUACAAAAGACAGUGCCUGUCACAAGGAGAGGUCAUUCAGGACGGUCUUUGUCCUCCUCUUCCGGCGCGCUCAAACCGCCGAAGUCGUCUUAUUUGGCUUGUAUUGUCAUUUUUUUCAGUACGAUGAGGGUGAGUCCAUAACGCGCCAAAUGGCCGACUGAAUGAUUGUGUUUUAUUUAAUCUGAACAUUUUCACUGGUCCACCGUGACACGUUUCAUUGGUCUGAUGUGACGAGGCUAAAUUUAUUGGCAGCAAGUGAAUCUGAACCCGUAAAAUUCCAUAUGAAUUAAGCGCGGGAAAAAGUGAGCGGCUUAAGGUCUGCAAAUUACGGUAAAUGCUAUAAUUUUGGGGUUUCAGGAGGAUCCUUCUGAGAAAAACACCCACAAAGAACACAAGCUUCCUUUCUGAGCUCAUGAAUUGAUAAAAUAAAUAUAUAAUAUGUGACAAUACAUGUAUUUUCAUAAGUCUGUUAAUUUAUCUUUUAACAGUUUUUUGUCACUUUAUUUCUCCUCCAUUGUCAGAAUUUCAACCAUAAUCUUUACUUUGUUUGUGCCAUCAUACUUGAGAACUAGCAAAUUAGCUUGCUUGCGUCUAACAUCAUGUCAAUAAAAAUAAAAGAUCAAAAUGUUUCUGAUUAUAUUGAUGUUUUUGUAUGCAUUUUUUUUU